AUGGCCAAUCAUGACCAUGGAGGCCAGCAUGUGUGUACAGGCUUUUGUAACAUACCUAAUUCAACACUAUCCACCUAAUACAUGGUCUUAAACAUUGCCCACGGUUAGUUGAAUUAGGUGUGUAAGUGCUGGGCUACAGAAAUGCCUGCAUACAUUGUGGAACAUGGCACAGAGGCUCAGAUCUGACAAGUUUUGUUUGCGUAGUCAGGUUCCCAGCUGCAGCAGUCACAGCAGCAGUGUUUUUACAGCACCUAUUCUCAUUCUCCUGACUGGCCAACAGCGUCUCAUCGAGGGCUCACAAAUCAGCCGUCGGUACGGGAGAGGGGUGGACAGGUAGAGACACUCCGCUGUGUCUGUCCCCGAAGUUGUCGCUCGUCCCCCCUUGCUCACUACACUGCCAGUGGCUCUGUCUUCAGUCAUUUUCAUAGCCCUCGUAACUGGGGGACGACGGUGUCUGUCUGUGUCCCCCUCUGUCUCCCUCCCUCCUUCCUUUCUUCCUUCUUCUUCCCCUCUCCUCUGCUGCUUGUCUUCAUGGGAGAGUGAUGGGCAAAUGGUUUAUCGUUGAACUGGGUCAAACAUCUCUCUCUGAUUCUUCAAGCUUCCUUGAUUCCCACCCUGGGAAUUCCAAAAUGAACAGUAAAAUCUCUGAAUCACCUCUUAACCCUCCCAUCUGCCAAUCCUCCUCCCAGUCCAACAUGUGGAUACUUGUGUGUUUUAGCCAGAGGGGAAUAGCAAACGGGGGAAUAGAAUAGGGAAGUCCAACUAGAAGUAGGAAAAAAAUCAGAGGUUGUUGAGCAUAUCGAACAGUGCUAAUUUUUCAGGAGUACAAACUGCUUUUCAGGGAUAUAGCUUUUCAGGGAUUUUGAACAGAUUUUUGAUAACCAUAUACAUACAUUGUAAGUAUGAGCUUUAUACUUUUCUUUGCCUGUAUAGCGAAAUUGAGAAAGCCUUGGGUUGUGACCGUUCCUUUCACAUUCCUUUCAUUCUGUACUGAACAGAAUGCUCCUGUUGUUUGCAUUUCUAUGUACAAAGGAAUUAUGCUUCAUUGUAAGUGAUUAGUAGUUCAUAGAUCGUGAGGCUGAUACAGAACACUGCUCACUGAUAAAUGGUAAAACAUUAGAGAUUAUUGAUUGUUUUAAACUAUUUUGACAUGGGGAAUGCUCAUUAUUUCCAUAGCAAACUGUUGGUCACUCAUUUUGGAGUAAUUCUUGUUAUCUAUUAAUGAAUCAAUAAUUAUAAUGGAUGAUCAGUGUCUUCUGAAACAUCAGCAGAUUCUGUCAGCUGAAGUUUAGAGGUUUUCUUUUUCCGUCCCAUAAUUCAUAGCGAAACUGUCCGGUUGCUGUUCUGCUUCUGCAUUUUUUGGCACAAAAACAUCUUUGACUAGACAGGCUUCCUGUGCUCUGUUGCCUCUCUCUUUCUCUGUCUCUCUCUUCGUGUCUCUCUCUAUGUUUCUCUCUCUGUCUCUCUCUCCCCCGUCUUUCACUCCCUGUCUCUCUCUCUCUCUUCUUUCUCUGUCUCUCUCUCAUUUUAGAUCAGUUGUUUCCAUCCUCCAUCUCUCAUGUUAGGUCGAAUAUCAGGCAAAGGGGCAUGGACAGGAAGUAAGUCAACAUCAUGUUCUCUAUAAAUGUAAACCAUUUGAACAUCAUCAUAAUCACCACCAAUAUCCCAUUCAUCAUCAACAACAAAAAAUUAAGAGUCUCUAGGCUUUUUUGUUGUUUCUGUAGGGUCCCCAAGCCCCCAAUGAUGAAGUCGUGUCAUGGCGACAGUCCCUCAAAAAACUUCUGGAGUGUAAAAGUAAGACAAUGUACUCUUCUUUACUCUCUCUCUCUCUCUCUCUCUCUCUUCUCUCUCUCUCUCUCUCUCUCUCUCUCUCUCUCUCUCUCUCUCUCUCUCUCUCUCUCUCUCUCUCUCUCUCUCUCUCUCUCUCUCUCUCUCUCUCUCUCUCUCUCUCUCUCUCUCUCUCUCUCUCUCUCUCUACUGAUUCUGUUGUUUGAUACUGUUAAUACAGUCCUACUAAAGCAAGUGCAGAGAAGUGGUGCCAGUGUAAGCCUGAAGUCCUUGGAACAGGGGGGACAAGCUGGCUGCCAUUGCACUAAUUUUGUCUUGUGUCGAUUAAAGUCAGUUCUCAAGCUGUGAUUUAUGUAAUGCAAUUAGUGUGAGUAAUGUUGGAUCACGCAGUUUGCUGUUUGUUUGUGUUCCCAAAAGACUAAUAACAAUUGGCACACCUGCACGGAUCUAUAAGCAAGCUAAGCAUUUUGAGAAGGCUACAGUAUGCUACAGGACACAAAGGACAACUAUUCCCAUAUGACAUCUAAAAUAAUGACUCACUCACAUCUAAAACAACUAAUGUUUUUUGGCAUUGUACAUUUAACACCCUUAUUAUGUUGUAUGUUAAUUUACUGUAACAGCAUUGGAGGUUGCAAAAUAACAGUAGAAGUCCAUUUUAAAAUGGAAACCCAGAACAUCUGUUGUUGUGCUUGAACAAACAUAUUCCUUUAAUAAGUCUCUGUCACUUAAGGACUCACUCAAACUAAACCAGUUUGACAACUUUGUGGGCCAGCCUACUCUCUCUCUAAACCUGCAGGUCAUGGGCAGUGGCCAUGCUCACAUGUGUGUGCCUGCCUGUAUGAAUGUUAGUGUGAUUCUGUCUGUAAUUCUAAUUUCACACCAUCUCCUUUUUCUGUCUCUACUGUAUAGCAGGGCAGCUGGCCUUCAGAGAGUUCCUGAAGACAGAGUACAGCGAGGAGAACAUCUUGUUCUGGCUGGCCUGUGAGGAGUACAAGACCAUCACCUCCAACACUGAGAUGGCUGAAGCAGCCAAAAGGAUCUACACAGAGUUUGUACAGGUCGACGCCCCCAGACAGGUACAUAGAGACAUCAGAUGGAACAACUCUAUUGGUGUAACUUAAUAUUUCUUUCUUUCUCUCUUUCUUUCAUUUUCUCUCUCUAGCUCUCUCCCUCUAGCUGUCUCUUAGUCUUUCUCUCUAUUUCCCCCUUUCUCUGUCCAACAUAAUGGUUUCACAAAGACGAUGUUUCAUUCAUUACUCAAUUCCAGAUAAACAUCGACUGUGAGACCAGGCAGGAGAUUACAAACAGCAUGUCUCAGCCGACCCUGAGCUGCUUCGAGAAGGCACAGAGAGUGAUAUACAAGCUGAUGAAAAAGGACAGUUAUCCCAGAUUCCUGAAAUCUGAAAUCUAUCAGGCUCUUUUAGAACCGUCAGACGCCAGCUGAGGUUCCAGGACCAGGUGAAGAAUAAUACCUGUCUACAACCAACAGGCUGUGGGCUGACAGUGAUUCAACUCUCUCUUCUCUAACUAGCUGUCCAUGUUAGUUCAGCGUGGUUUAACUUUGGGCUGGAGCACAAAACACAGGGGCCAUGCUUAGCAGUCUCUCUAAUGAUAAUUCAUCAUCGAGCUCAGUGGCUCCCAAUCGUGUUCUAUUGUUGUAAGGCGGGAUACUCUAUCCAUAUAAAAAUGCUACAAUUAUAGAUAUGAUUAAACAUUUGAUACUAUAAAGACUUUAUUUACAGUAUAACGUAUUAUGUAUUUUAUAACUUUUAAACUUUUUUACAAGGUUAGUAUUAUCCAUUGGUUAUCCAUUGAUUGUUACUUUGCACAUGAACUGUAAUAAUUUAUGGUAUUCUUCCACUGUCUAUGUAAACUAUGAUAUGUCAGACUUGCCAUUAAUGUACAAGUUCAACAUUUCUGUCUAUUUGUUCAUUUCUGUCUUGUUUCUGUCUAUGACAGGAAUUCAACAGGCCAACCCAAUGCAAUUUGGUGUGCGUGUGUGUGUGUGCAUGUGUAAUUGGGAUUCAGAAGGCCAAGCCAACACAAUCAGUGCAGCAUCAGCUGAGGUCGUAGUCUCUGUCUCUCAGUCGUACCCUCAUGUUGUUCCUCUUUAUCUCUCAUACCCAGACCAACCCCAAACACUCUGCUCCCUAGGCCACCAGGCCAAUGGGCCAUCUUUUGAGACAUCUCUCUCUCUCUCUGUAUCUCUCUCUCUCUUUCUCCCCCUCUGCUUCUCCCUUCUGUGUUCUGUUUUCACACACUGUACCACGUGAUUUCAUGUUGUCUACCUUAAUCUACCCUCUCAGUGUUAUGUCUAACACCAGUCCAAGUGUGUAUGGUCUCUCCCCAGCAGGAGUCUAUGAAGAGUAGAAGCAUCAACCACCUGCCCACACUAUAACACCCCUGACAUUCCCCUUUUUGCACACAGACCCCCUACAAGGAUACACACCUGGUGUCUUCCACUAGUAAACAUGGACACAUGCAAGUGUAGCAUGUACAAACCUGCUCUGGGAUACAAUAUCAUGCUCACUUGAGUUACACAUCAAUGUUCCCUCAGUGAGUUUCACAUGCAUGCACGCACCCACACACAAAUGGGAACUUUAAUUGUGUUUCUGGCCAAAUCUACUGCAUGUGUUGCUGGUAUACAUCACUCUCUGCAGGAGGCUGUAUCAACCUGGGAGGAAACAGCAAGGGACACUGAGACUAACACAGCCUGUUGGGUCCUGGACUACAGUCUUAUUACUGUCAUUAUGUCUUCCUAUAUGGCCCCCUGACGUCUUCCUCUCUCCAAAAGCUGUGGCGCUUUCAUUUCCAUUCAUAUCAACAAAUCUUAUCACUGUUCCAGCUGUAUGUGCACAUGGAUAUCUUUACAAUUGGCCAUAAUACAUUAAAGCCCUGUCUCUACAACGCUGUCUGAAUCAGAUGUACUGUAAUCAUUAGCUCUGGGAUGGGAUGUGGAUUUCUGUUUUACAGAUGGAUGAAAGUAAGUAGAGUUAGGAUUAUUAUGUGGAAUAGUGUUGCCUUUCCAGGAAUACAUUGGGAGAAUAUGAUGCUGAUGUUUCUGCCAAAAGGCAGGGGGUUCUACAACGUGACCCAUUUGUUACUGUUUGUCUGUGUUUGUGUUUGUGUGUGUGUGUGUUUCUGUCUUACUACAGAGGACAGGAAAGUUCUCCAACCAAGACAGCAUCUGACAUUUGGGAUAUGAAACUUGAAGACAGUGUUAAUAAGACAGUAGGGUGAUAAAUCUGAGAUGAGACCUGUGACACAGCAUAAAAUCAACAUAAUAAUCCACCAGGCAGGGAUACAGCAGGGAUUUAGGUGUCUGCUUCUACGAAACAUACUAUUGCAUUAAAAUAAUAUGUUCCUCUGUCUUCCUCUAUCUCCCUUUCCUGGGAUUAUAAUACAAAUGUGCCUGAACCAAUACAAAGAUUGGCUCAAAGCAACAUAAACAAUAUCUCUGUCAAUUAUAGGACAUGGCAUUGUUUGGGCCUAAAGAAAAGACAAUAACACUGCAUACUGGGUCUGGAAACCAAGAAACAUUACUUAAAGUUCCAAGUUUAUCGUGAAUUCAUGUUCGGUAGCCUAGCUCAAGUUGGCAUUACAUAGAGAAACACUUUUCUGUGUUUAUUCCUUUAAACCCUGCUUGCAUAAACAACGUAGAGCAGGUAGGGACAGACAUCAACAUUGUGUGUGAAAUCUCACCACAUGACUAGAGGCUUCAUGCCAUCCAAGCCACAGAUCCCUCUGGGUUGGCAGAGGGCCGGGGACAUUGGGAUGAAGUAUAGUUUUGAAAUCCUCUCUUCCAUCUCUCUCUGUGUGUGCGUGUGUGUGUGUGUGUGUGUGUGUGUGUGUGUGUGAAGGACAAACGCCCACCUGCCUAACUGUGAGAAGACAGCAAUCUUAUUCCAUUCCGUCCCUAUUCUGAUGGACCCCUGUGAGGGCUGGUUGCUGAGUUGGGAAGCAGGCAGGGAGGGGAGGGAGGGAGGUGUCGAGGACCCAGCA